GGGAACUCACUCCGCCCGCCAUUCCUUGAUCCUAUCACGUCAAAUCCCGUGCAGCGCGGGGAUUUUUGGCAUUGGACCACGAAGCUUAUUUAUAUCCUCCAACGCAAUCAUCCACCACCACGCGUGUGGAGGAGAUGGAGAACCCCUCAUUCGCGGGGUGUACGAUCACGCUCUGGGGCCCCCCACCGCUCCACCGCGACAGACCCUGGCGUCGCAAGAUCGGUGCUUCCGUGGAGCCUGCUCGAGAUAUUUUGGCUCACGUACAUACACGUAUGCUUCGAGCUUCUCAGCCGUAUGUAUCAAAGGAUGGCACUCCGUUGUCCGCUGGAUAAAUAGCAGACUGUCUCCACGGUGAUUCCGUUCAUCACAUCCUCAGGUUCUCUCCGACUCCUUCGUAUCGGCUCAAAUCAUGCAGUUCUUCCCGUCACUUCUGAUUCUUGCGGCAGCGCUCCAGGGAGCCCUGGCUGCCACCGGAGAUAUCAUCGAAGGUGCCUAUAUCGUCAUGCUCAAACCCGAAACCCCGGAGCCGGAAUUCGAAGCGCACUGCAGUUGGGCCGCAGGCAUCCAAUCCCCCGGUGUCGCGAAGGGGAGUGGCAACGGCGAGUUCCCCGAGGGGGUUCUAAAGCACACGUACCUGUUCGGAACCAUGAAGGGAUACGUUGGUACUUUCGACAACAAGACCAUUGAGGAGAUUGCCACUCGUCCUGAGGUCAAUUACAUCGAACCCGAUCGCGUUGUCAGCGCCGCCAAUCCCCUGAUCACCCAAUUCGACGCUGGCCCUGGUCUCGGACGCAUUUCGCACCGCAGACCGUCAGUGAACUACGUCUACAGCGCCGAUGCCGACAACUGUAAUGGCACCACCGCAUACGUCAUCGACACUGGUGUCCUUGCCACACACGAGCAAUUCCAAGGCCGUGCCAUCAACGUCGCCAACUUUGUCGACGGCGUCCCAACCGACGAGAAUGGCCACGGAACGCACGUUGCCGGCAUCAUCGGCGGCCGGGACUUCGGAGUCUGCAAGGAGAUCGAGCUCCUCGCCAUAAAAGUUCUCGGCGCCGACGGCUUCGGCACGCUUUCCGGCGUCAUCGCCGGUGUGCAAUACGCCGCCACCGACGCCGCCAACGAGGGGCGCCGCGGCGCGUCCGUCGCCAACAUGUCCCUCAGCUCGCUCCGCUCAGCCGCGCUGAACCUAGCCGUCAACAACGCCAUCGACAGCGGCCUGCCGAUCGCCGUCGCCGCCGGCAACAGCGACGCCGAAGCGAGCAACUACUCUCCCGCGUCGGUACCCAUCGCGCUCACCGUCGCCGCCAUUGACCCCACCACGGAUGUCCGCGCCGGGUUCUCCAACUUCGGGCCCAGCGUCGACCUCUUCGCGCCCGGCGUCAACAUUCUGUCCGCUUACAUCGGCAGCAACGAUGCGGUCGCCGUCCUGAGCGGAACCUCAAUGGCCUCCCCGUUCGUCGCCGGCGUCGUCGCUUACUUCUUGGGCUUGUUCGGCGCCCUGACCCCCUGCGAGGUCACGGAGCUCCUGCUCGACGUCGCGACUAGGGGCAGGGUCAUCGGUCCUGGCCCAGGAUCUCCCAACGCGAUUGUCUUCAACAACGCUACUGCUACGCGUUGUCGUUGA